AUGUCGGAAGGUCUAGAUGAGUCGAAUAUCCGGGUGCAAGUACGAGACCGGUUUCCAGCGUCCCAGAUCCAAGCAUUUGGAUCCGGUACUGUCGGCCUCGUAUACGUUACCUUCGAUCGAGACGGCAAGAUUAUUCUAGCGGAUGCGGACCUUUACGAUGCAACAUUCGAUCGCAUGAUCAUCGAUGAUUCAGACAUCCUACGCAUUUUCGGCAACGGCGACAAAAUUAGCAUGGACCUUCUCCAUCCAUGGCCGAUAUUUCGAUUGGUUCCAGCUGACCCUAUUCCCGUAUCAUGCGAGGAUCCAACGUUUGAGCUAUUCAAGACUGGCCGACUAGUUCGUGUUAGAGGUGCCCCGCCGAUGGCCCGAUAUGGGUUAUCCAUACCCAACCUUCAGACGGAUGAUCCUUUUGAGGAAGGCGAAGUCCAUCGAUCAAUUCGACAGACGGUUGAAAUGGCAGCGGAGGAGGCGCGGCAACCACGAGGUUCCUAUUCGAUAGGUGCAAACGACCGCAACUUUCCUGAUCGAACGAGGACAUCUUCGCGUUCUAGCACCCAGCAACCCCGAGAGCUCGUCUCGGCAGUUCCUUCAGGACGACCUCGUGUGACUCUGAAGUGGCCGAAACGUAGCAACAUCGUUCCAGGAGGUCCAAACCGCGAGGAAGUCAGGACGGUGGUCGAUGAUAUGUUCGCUCUCCUUCCCGACGUUGCUACGCGUGAGCAGUACAAACACUACGUCGAGUUCGUUCGCAAGGCCGCUGCCAAAGAUCCGCUUAUGAAGCUGCAAUUUCACCGAGAGCUGGAGGACUUUGUUAGACGCUACAACAUCGUUGAACUGCACAAUCAGUACGCGAGUUUGACCUGUAACGGGUCGAACACAAUAUACCAAUUACCGCAGUUCUAG